AUGCCAGGGACGAUCUGGACACCUGCCGGGAUAGCAGCCAAGAGAGCUGCUGACGCACUCGCGGCUGCUGGUGCUGGAGGUGGUGGUGGAGGUGGUGGAGGUGGUGGUGGUGGAGGUGGUGGUGGUGGUGGUGGUGGUGGUGGUGGUGGUGGUGGUGGUGGUCUAGGACCUCCACCGCCUCCGGGCGGACCUCCUCCUCCUCCGGGUGGCGGUGGUGGUGGAGGACCAGCUGGAGGCGGUGGUGGUGGUGGUGGUGGGCCAGCUAGAGGCGGUGGUGAUGGUGGUGGUGGGCCAGCUGGAGGCGGUGGUGAUGGUGGUGGUGGGCCAGCUGGAGGCGGUGGUGAUGGUGGUGGUGGUGAUGGUGGUGGUGGUGAUGGUGGUGAUGGUGGUGGGCAUCAUUAG